AUGUAAAUUAACAUCUCCACUAUCUAGCAAGAGAAAUAAAGAUCCAAAAUCACUUAGGAUGAAAAACAAGUAAAUUAAAGUUGGUUGGGAAUAAAACUGAAAAUCUAAAUUAACUAACUUAAUUCACAAAUUGAAGAGAAACAAAGCCAAAUCAAAUAGUUAUAAAAGAAUCCAAAUUACACUCGAGCUCAAGAGUAAAAUAUGCUAAUAAAAUGUCUGAACUAAUGUUCAUCAUUAUUAAAACAAGAAUAGAAUUUGAUGCCUAAUGAUGUAGAAGAUCUCAAGGUGGAAAUCCAAGAAUUGGAAAUAACCAAGAAAUUAUUGGAAGAGCAAAGUGAGAAUCUUUCAAUUCAAAAAAGUUUGCUUGAGAAGAAGAUUUCAUAAUAAUAUUUGGAAUUAGAUUAGAUUAGACUAAAAAUGAGUUGA